ACGACUAUUCUCAUUGGUUGGGGAAACGGUGUCACUGUAAUGAUUAAACAUUACAGCGUUGUUAAAUUUCAGAAGUAGCAUGCAAAAUAUUUUAAUAAUUAUUUUACAUUUCAUUACGUUACAAAAACACGAGUCAUCGAAAGUAUUUGAAACCUUGAAAUGGUUGACAGCAGCAAAGGCCACAGUGCAGCGAUCAGCACAGAUAGUAUAGCCCAAGAUGACUUGUAUUUUAAAAAUAUGCUCAGUCUUGUGCAUCAGCACACAGUCAGUUUGGAUCUCCCAGGAGAAGAUGGUGUUGAUAUUGCUCAGUCAAAGAUUCCAUCCCCUCCGCGUGAAGAACCACUGAAAAACAAGAAACAGAAAAAGCAGAAGAAGAAAAAGCUGAAGAGAGAGCAUUCUGCGGAAAAUGGAGAAGCUGAUGCUGAUGAAUAUACAGAUCUCAAGCCAAAGAAGGCCAGGCUACAAGACACUGAAAGCCCCGGUAGUGUCGCUGGGACUCCAUCAACUGCCCAGCCAGCAGGAAAGCCUACCAAUCGUUCCACGGUAUCAGAGAAAGAGGACAGUCUUCUACUGUCCAGUAUCGCAGAGCUGGAUGAUAAGCGAGCCAAGCUAAGGGCCAAAAUUGAAGAGUUGAGAGCAAAGAGACACGCAAAUGACAGAGACCGACUUGAACGAAAAAAAAUGAUGAGAAGAGAGAGCAAAAUGAAGCUCAAACAAAAACGAAAAAUGGAAAAAAUGAUGAAAAAUAAACCAGUGGUCAAUGGUGACCAUGCAUCAAAGGGCAGCAACUCUGUUGUACCGACAAGUCCUCCAAAGCCUAUAUACAACAGUGAGGGACAGAUAGUGUUCAGUAAGUUUGAUUUCACUGCUUCAGGAAAGAAGGAAAAGAAGGAAAAAAGUGACUUGACAGGAAAAGACUACAAGCGGCUCCUUCAGAAGAUUGAGAAGAGAAAUGAGAAAAUUAACAAAGUGAAAAGUAAGGACGAAAGUGCCGCUAAGUCUUUACAGGACAAAUUCAAGUGGGAGAGCGCUCUGCAUAAAGCAGAAGGUGUUAAAGUGAAGGACAACCCAGAGUUGAUUAAGAAGGCGUUGAAACGUAAGGAGAAGAUUAAGCAGCAUCGGAAAAAGAAGUGGGAUGCUCGCGUGGAGACGGUGAAAAAACAACAGAAUGAAAAAAUCAAGAAACGAACUGAAAAUAUUCAGAAACGCAAACAGGCAAACAAGGACAAAAAGAUGCAAAAAGCAAAGAAGAAAGGAAGACUUUUACCGGGUUUUUAAACAAUAUUUUAAUGAAAAUAAAUGGUGUACAGUACAAA